AUGACACUGGUAAUCCCUAGGCUGGUGUCUGCAAGUAGACUCUACAAAGAGAAUAUCAAAAUCAUGAGUCUUUUGGAGACAAAAGUGAAAUCUGAAAAUGAAGCUAAAAUUUUUGAAAAAAGCUUGAAAAACUGGAAUCUUUUGUCUAAUUCACAACCAGAUAGAGCUGCUAGAAUUGGGAUAUGUUGGGAUCCUAAUUUUUGUAAUAUUGUUAGCAUUAGGAUGGCGGCUCAGUUUGUUUUUUGUAGGGUUACUAUUUUGGAAGGGGAUACUAGUUUUUUUGCUAUUUUUGUAUACGCUGAAAAUGAACAUAUGCUCAAAUUGCCCUGUUUUGCUGAAAUUUGCUCUUUAGUUAAGAAUCGUGUGAGUUCUCCUUUAAUAUGCCUUGGUGACUUCAAUGCUGUUAGAUUCUCUUAUGAAAAAUUGGGUGGUAAUGCCAGCUGGAAUAGUUCUAAGGAUUUGUUUAAUAAUAUGAUUCUUGAUGUUGACCUUGAGGAUUUGUCUUAUACUGGGUGCCAAUUUACUUGGUCCAACAAAAGAAAUGAGGGAGCAUAUAUCACAUCCAAGAUUGAUAGAGCUCUUGUGAAUGAGAAGUGGCUUACGAGUUACCCUAACUCUUCUGCCCUCUUCUUGCCUUCGGUUGAUGAGGUGUGGAGGAAAUACAUCAAGGGUUCCCCUAUGUUUAGGGUUUGCCAAAAGCUGAGAACCCUCAAGCCUAUCUUGAAAAAUCUAAAUAAAAAAGAGUUUAGUGAUAUAUCUACUAGAGUGUCCCAUGCUAAGGACCAACUUGUUAGUGCUCAAAUCAAACUUGACAAAGACCCUCUCAAUGGUGAUCUUCAAACCCAUGAGAGGGUGGCCUAUGCAAAGAAUUCCAAAUUCUUCUUUAGAACUAUUAAGGGAAAUAUUAACAAGGGUAGGAUCCAGAGUGUUGUGUUGAAUGAUGGUGUUAGGAUGCCUAAAAGUGAAGAGAUUUGUGCCACAUUUGUGAAUUCCUUCACUGAUCUUUUUGGGAAACUGGAGGUCUCUGAUAAGGAGAUUAUUAAUGCUUUCAAUUCUCUUAAACCUAACAAAGCUCCUGGCCCUGAUGGCUAUUCUGCUGGUUUUUUCAAGAAGUCUUGGGAGGUUGUGGGAAAGGACGUUGUGGUAACUAUCAAAUCAUUCUUUUGGUCUGGUGAGCUUCUCCAAGCUCUCAACAGCACAACAAUAGCCCUUAUUCCCAAAACUCCUAAUGCUGAGAAAGUUGGUGACUUCUGGCCUAUCUCUUGCUGUAACACUUUGUACAUAUGCAUCUCUAAGAUCAUAGUUGAUAGGAUUAAAGUUGUCUCACCUGACCUCAUUGACCCUGUGUGGGAUUUUGUUCUUGAUGUCCUUAGAGCUAUGGGUUUCCCUCCAAAUAUCAUUUGUUGGGUUAAGGCUUGGGCUCGGGGUCUGAGACAAGGUGACCCCAUGUCCCCUUAUCUUUUUGUUAUGGUGAUGGAGAUUCUUUCCAAAAUUCUUGCUGAAAAAUCUACCCAUCCUGAUUUUAAGUUCCAUUGGAGGUAUGAUAAAACUAAAAUUGUGAAUCUGUGUUUUGCAGAUGACCUUAUGAUUUUCUGUAAAGGGGAUGUGUUUACUGUUUUGGUAAUUAAGGAAGGGUUAGAUGAAUUCCAAAGCCUAUCUGGGCUGUCUCCUAGUCCCCAUAAGAGUCAUAUUUUUUUUUCGGGGUGUGAGAAGAAGUUGCGUGACGAGCUUCUUAAUGUCGUCAAGUUUAAUGAGGGUUUAUUACCGGUGAGAUGUCUAGGUGUUCCUUUAAUCUCAACUAAGUUGAAAUCUAGUGAUUGCGACAAACUUUUUGAGAGAAUUACAAAUAGAAUCAAGAGUUAA